AUGCGAGAUCUAAAAACAUACCUCUCCGUGGCACCGGUAGUAAGUACUCUAUGGUUCGGGUCUUUAGCGGGUUUAUUGAUAGAGAUCAAUCGUUUAUUUCCGGAUGCGUUGAUAUUUCCUUUUUUUUCAUUCUAG